AGAGAGCGCGCAGCUCCGUGUAUGUCUCGACAGCAGGAACGUUCGGACAACAAAAUGUCAGCCAAUAAUGCUUUUCAAGUGGCUAAUAUUCCAUGGAAGAAUAACAAUUUUACCAUGUCGAAUAAAGACCCACCUUUCUCGGAUCAAGGGGAGACCAUUAUAGGAGUAUACCUGCUGGUGCUAGGUACUUUGGGACACACUGGUAAUAGAUGUGGUUGGCUGUCGUGGUUUGGCAACAGUAUUGUGAUCUUCGUCCUGUACAAGCAGCGUGCGUCGCUGCAGCCCACGGACUAUCUCACCUUUAACCUGGCCAUCUCCGAUGCCAGUAUUUCCGUCUUCGGCUACUCACGGGGGAUCCUGGAGAUCUUCAAUGUGUUCCGGGACAACGGAUACUUGGUUACCUCGAUCUGGACAUGUCAGGUGGACGGCUUCUUCACCUUGGUCUUUGGCCUCAGCAGCAUCAAUACUUUGACUGUCAUCAGUGUCACAAGAUACAUCAAGGGAUGCCAUCCGAGUAAAGCUCACUGCAUAACCAACACAACCAUAGGCAUGUGCCUAAUAUUCAUCUGGAUGGGGGCUGUGUUCUGGUCGGGAGCGCCCCUUCUGGGCUGGGGGAGUUACACAGAUCGCGGUUAUGGAACGUGUGAAAUCGACUGGGCCAAAGCCAACUACUCCACCGUCUACAAGUCCUACAUCAUCUCCAUCCUCAUCUUCUGCUUCUUCGUCCCCGUGCUGGUCAUGCUCUUCACCUACGUGUCCAUCAUCAACACAGUGAAGAGAGGCAAUGCCAUGGCCGCUGAGGGAGACCUGACCGAAAGGCAGAGAAAGAUUGAAAGGGACGUCACUAUUGUAUCCAUUGUCAUCUGCACAGCAUUCAUCCUGGCGUGGUCGCCGUACGCCGUGGUCUCCAUGUGGUCGGCCUGUGGCUUCCACAUACCCAGCCUCACCAGCAUCUUCACCCGCCUCUUUGCCAAGUCGGCCAGCUUCUACAACCCGCUCAUCUACUUCGGCCUCAGCUCCAAGUUCCGCAAGGACGUCGCCAUCCUGCUGCCCUGCACUGGCGAUGGCAAGGACACGGUCAAGCUCAAGCGUUUUAAGCCGAAAGGCGAUGCUCACCAGGGCUCUGGAAGAGGCAAUGGACUCAAAGCUCCUCCUCAUCACCCGAAGGAGAUGAAGUAUGCCCCUGGCAAUCCGUAUCCGCUCACGGCGAUGAAGGCGUCCUCAAGCCCCGAUUCGGGAGUGGGGAGCCACCCCUGUACUCCUCCUCCUCCCAACAAGGAGAUGUUCUUUAUCGAAGUGCCUCAUCUUUCUGAUGGGCCAGAGUGGGAAUGCGACAGGCUCUAAGAACAAUACGUUUGUUUUUUUGUGUUAAUUUUUUUAUUUAAAAACACAUGGGAAUGUACUUACACAAAUCAAAUUGACUUUGAUUCAUGUAAGUAUGUUCACCUGUUGAUGCAAUUUGUUCUUUUCUUAAUUAAUUGUGUUUAUACUUGUGAAUAAAACUUUCUA